GAAUACCUCUAGUCAUAUUAUUAUUACAGUGCUGAUCAUCGUCGAUUUCAUCGACUUUAUCAUCAUCGGCAAUGACGACAAAACGCAAAAAUUCAGAUACGAUCGAUCUGACAACGUCCUUUACACUGUCUACACCGUUACCGGCGCCAUCUACUAGCAGAAACCGUCUUCCGCGCUCUGCUACCAGUUCCAGGAGUAGCUCACAUGCUUCUCGUUCACAGAGUGGCGGGCCAAGACCAAGCGAAGAUACGAUAUUGUUACCAGAUCAUGAAGAAGAAGACCUCUCGCAUCACAGGAGAAAGAGACGAAGAAUUGAUUUCGGUGGAGAAGAACAGGACAACGUGCACCAGCUGCAUGAAGCACGUCCGAGUCUACUCUCCAAUCCCCCAGAGAAUAAUGUUUUAGAGGCAAGCACCUCGUCACAGGUCGCAUCAAGCUCGCUGCUGUCUAGUUGGAACAUGGCUCCCGAUCUCAUGCUAGAAUCAUCUUCAUCUCUGGACGAGGAGCUAGGGCUAAUUGACCAACCACCGCUCACCCAAGAGUCAGUAGCAUCCCAAGCUUACUCAGAUGCUGCAGAUGCAGGAACUGAAGUUGACAUCAUGGAACAAAGGGGAACAUCCCAAUCGGUCUCCGAAAUAACCAAUGUUCCUCCAGACGACGUAGUCGUGGUUAGUCCCACAUUGUCACCGCGUCGAACUCAGCCUUCACUGCGCCCAAUCGUCAUCGAUGAUCCUAUUCCCCUAGAGAUGACGGGUACAUUCACACCCGAACCAGCUACAAGUCAGGACACUCAUCUACUAUCCGCUUAUACGUGUCCCAUUUGCUUCUCGCCUCCCACUAACGCAACUCUGACACCUUGCGGUCACAUUUGCUGUGGAGCAUGCCUCUUUGCUGCUGUCAAAUCCACAGUGAAGCGGAACAUGGUGAUUGCUAUGGACAGAGCCCCUGUUCCAAGAUGCCCCGUUUGCCGCGCUGAAAUACCUGGGUGGGAUGGACGAGGGGGAGGGGUAGUUGGGUUGAAAGUGGAGGUUGUUUAUUCUCUUUGAAUUUGAGUACGCCUCGUGUGAAGCACACAUGCAUAUGUCAGUAUAUUCACCAUGCUUGAGACACAACAUCUUCUGGUCGAGACCAUAUAAUUCCAAUAACGACCCUUCUAGAAAUCACAUAGCAGUGCAAUCAUGACCGUCCCUUUCCGUGUCACCGCGGUCGC